CUGAUUGGUGUAACGGCCGCGCGAGGCCGUGGUGCGUGAUGACGUUCUAAAUAGCGGAAGUCGUUUUUGAAGCUGCGGCGGGUUCCAAAGAUUAUGUGUGUUUAAUAUGGAGUCUCCUAUACCAGCGUUGUCUUAUCUUAAUGGAAAUGUUCUUGCAGACGUUACAGCAUAUGUUGAGGUUUGGUCAUCCAGCAGAAGAGAAAAUUAUUCCAAAACUUUUUCACAGCAGCUGCUUAAUUUAGGAGCAAAGGUUUCAAAAACAUUUAAUAAACAGGUUACUCAUGUUGUUUUUAAAGAUGGCCAUCAGGGUACAUGGGACAAGGCUGUCAAGGCUGGUGUGAAACUUGUGUCUGUUCUUUGGGUGGAAAAAUGCAGAGAGGCUGCAGCACAUAUUGAUGAAUCUGAAUUUCCAGCAAUCAACACUAAUGAUGGAUUGCCACAGAUUUUUAAAAAGAAACACAAGUGUAUGCAACCCAAGGAUUUUGUUGAGAAAACACCCGAAAAUGAUAGACGAAUGCAAAGAAAAUUUGAUAAAAUGUCUAAAGAACUAAAAGUGCAAAAAUCUGCUGUAGAUGAUCCUGUUUUAUCAUUUGAUGAUUAUGGAACAUUAAUGUACAGCCCAAAGGCUGUGGCUGCUGACCGUUGCAAUGCAAUGGAAAAAAGAAUAAAAGAAACGAAAAACAAGCGAGAGAAUUUGUCUCCUACAGCCUCCCAAAUAUCACAGACAUUCGAUUUCCCGCCUCUUAAGCCAUCACUUAGAUAUAGUUCUCCUGCUUUGAGCUCUCCACUUGGCUCUAAAUCUAUCACUUGUAAUUUGAGUGAAGACCAGUUAGCAUUACUAGUUCAAGCCAGUCAACAAAUAUCUGGCAAUGGCUCUACUGAUCUUGACACUAGUUAUGAUGAGCUUUGGGCCAGUCUAGAAAAGAAACAGAGCAUUUCUAAUGACCGGAAAAACAAAGUAACAAGAAAAGAAUAUGUGAAAGGUGCUACAGAACUAGAAGAGCCAAACUGCCUAAUAAAUUCUGGCAUUUCAUCUUUUAAUUUGACUCCUCUGCAAAGCAAAGGCAAGAAGAAUAAUCAUGCAAUCACAGAUUCUCAAAAGAAAAGCAGAAAGUCACUUGUAAGAUCUAAAAUCGUUGAAGAUCCAGAUUCUGUUAUGAAUUGUAGUACAAAAAAUGCAUUGGAUUCCAGUGUGUACUAUGGAGCCCUGGCAAACAAACCUACUGUGAAGAAAGCAAGGUUAUCCAGCCUGAGAUCCGAACAUUCUACAUCUACCAAAAUGAUUGUGGUGCCUGAGAUAGCCAAAUUUAGUGAAUUAACAAAUGGCUCUGAUUCAGAGGGAACAUGUUUUGAAGACUUUUUUUCAGCAGAUAAGGAAUGUCAGAGAAGACCAAUUUCUAGAUUUUCUUUGGGAACCCUGCCUCCAAAGUCACCAACCUCACCUUUAUUGAACGUAAACAAAAAGGGUUCUUCUCGAAAAAGGAUGUCUGCUCAAGAUCCCGGAGAGCUGAAUUCUUGUGGUGGUAAAAAAAGGAAAACAUAAAUAAGUAGUAGCAAUAAACUAGUAGAUUCAGAGGGAGGAAAAUUUGAGUCCAACCAAUGUCACCUGUGGCCAACUGUGUCAAAAGGAAUCCUAUAAAAGCUACAAAAAGUAAAACUGUUGGGUCUGAUCAAGUAAACAAUAAAGGAACUGCUUCAACCAGUUCACCAACUUGUGAAACAAAUUUAAAUAUCAAAGCUAAAUUAUUUGUCUUCCAAAAUAACUCAAAAGGAAGAUAUGUCUGGUUAAAGGUAUCGAAAAAAUAGCUGAAUUGAUGGCAUGCAAAAAAUCACCCAAUCAGGCUGUGAUGAUAAUCUGUACAGGGUGAAAAGCAAGAAGAUGAGCUAAAAUAGUUUCAGAAAUGUACAUGAACCAUUAUCAUUUCAUCCUAUAUUUUUUUCUCUUUGUUGGAAUUCUUUGUUCUGAUUUUUAUCAAUAUAAAACUUUGUUAGAAUGCAAGACAUUGAAAAAUUUAUUAUUUCACGGAUACUUUCAGAUUUACUAAUAAUCUUGCAUUAGCGUGAUUUAACGGAUACACAAAUCAGGAGAUAUGAUAUUUUAGUGUUUGCCGAUUCUAGGUCCCUGCCGUUAAAAUAUUGAAAUCUGUUUUCACUUAUUUUAAUAUGUUGAUGUUUUUUUUAUACUUAAAGUCAGAGCUUAGCUUUGUGUGUGUAAAUAUUACGUGUUUUUUAUUAAACGUAUGUUGCUUUUCA